AUGGGAAGCCCUAACGCCACCGUGAAGCAUGAUUCCGUCUCAGAGACAGAUCCUACAAUCGAUUUCAUCGGAGACACACGACGGGACUCCGGCUCUGAUACGGAGUCUUGCGACGGCGACGGCGACGACUUGCCUCCUCCUCCUUCUCCGGGCUUGAGCCAAUUCGAAGAAGGAGAGAAAGUUUUUGCCAAGCACAGUGAUUGUUUCUACGAAGCCAAGGUUCUUAAAGUUGAUUAUAAAGUCAAUGAAUGGAAGUAUUUCGUGCAUUACAUUGGUUGGAACAAAAGUUGGGACGAGUGGAUAGGUCUGGAUUGUCUGUUGAAACAUACAGAUGAGAACAUUGAGAAACAACAGGAACUGGGGAUGAAGCAAGGAGUAAAGAGUGCUAUGGCUUGGAGAGUUUCAAAGAUGAAACCUAGAAGCCCUAAUGUUGCUAGAGGAAGAAAGCGGAAGCAAGAUUCUGUUGAUACAGAAAAGACUGUGGUUCCCUCCGACAACCUUUUAACUUUCCAUAUCCCACCUGCGCUAAGGAAGCAACUAAUUGACGAUUGUGAAUUUGUUACUCAGAUGCAGAAGCUUGUGCAACUUCCGCGCUCUCCAAAUGUGGAUGACAUCUUGAAGAAGUACAGUGACAGCAUAAUGAAGAAACAUGGCAUGGUAACUGAUUCAGUAGAGGAAAUUCUCAAAGGUUUGCGUUGCUACUUUGACAAUGCUUUACCGGUGAUGUUGCUUUACAACAAUGAACGAAAGCAGUACGAGGAAACCAUAUCUGAAGGUGUUUCUCCCUCAACUGUAUACGGAGCAGAGCAUUUGUUACGGCUCUUUGUGAAAUUGCCGGAGUUGCUAAUCCAUGUGAACAUGGCAGAAGAGACACUGAAGGAACUGCAGGACAAUUUUGUUGACAUUCUCAGGUUCUUGAGGAAAAAUCAGGGUUCGUUUUUUGUAACAGCAUACAAAGCAGUGGAAGACAUCGAGAAGAAUGAAGAUUAA